AUGAGCGAGACUCCUCCAAACUCCUCCAAGAACCGAAGACGGCGUCACCAACGGAUUCAAGAAUCAUUCCCUCCUCCGAAUUCUGAUACUCUUCAUCCUUUCGGACAGCCACAAUUUUUUGAGAACGUUCGUGACGUUGACAUGACCGACGUCGUUGAGGAGAACACAGAUGUUGAAAUGAUCGAUGCUCCACCCGUCUCGUAUGAGGGAGCACCGACUUGGGUCAACGAUUCCUUUGAGCAGACAAAGAUCAUCGCGGAGGGACUUGCAUCUAUAAAUGCGGCGCUCGCCCAACUUGAAUGGUACGUCCGCACAGGCAUAGUACCUGUAGAACCUACGUCGAAGAUCAUUUGA